GAAUGGACCACAAAGCCCUUUGAAAAGGAGGGAGAGUCGUUAGUGCCUGCUGGGUGCAGAGCCAUGGCCAGGGACUGUGAACGCCAUCACCUCCUCAGCCGCUGCCCCCGGCAGUUGUGUUUAAGUUUGGAUGGAGCAGGGAGCAAAGGGGGUGAUGCCCCCACGCCGGGUCCUCCUCUGCCUGCGGGCGAAGGGCAGCAGGUGAACAGAGCCGCCAGAUGCAGACGCAGACGCAGGCCUGUCCCAGCUGACGGCACCACCCUGCUCCUGUCUCCAGACAGUUGCCCUGGCCCUGGCUCGGCCCUGCCCUGCCCUGCCCUUCUCCCUAUCACGGUCACUGUUGACACCAGGCACUCGGUAUCCAGGAUGUGGGCAGCAGCUGGGCAACGCAUCGGACACUUCACUUGCGGGAACUGCUCCUUCCCCUGCAGCCCGGCUGUCCCGAGCGAGCAGGAAGCACGGAGCCGCCCCUCUGCUGCAGCAGGACCAGCUGGCACGUCCGACACCUGCAGAUGCUGGAGAAAUGAAGUCACUUUGCCAAGAGGAUGGAAACCCCCGUGAGGGGCAGGAGCCGGCCAAGGAUGCAACCGCCAAGAGAGAAGGGAGCUCAGGGCCAAAGCCUCCAGCAAGGCCCUGCAAGUGCGUCCUGUCCGGGCAGUGGCAGAACGACCUGGGCUCCCAGGUGCACAUCUUUGACGUGGAAGCAGACGGCAGCUUCUCCGGCGAGUACAGGACGGCCGUGUCGGCCACGCAGGCGCCCAUCCAGCCCGCGCUGCUGUGUGGGUCCCAGCAGCUGCAUGGUGAGGGGCAGCAGCCCACCUUCGGCUUCACCGUCAACCCCCCGACCGGCUCCAAUGUUUUCACCCGCAUCAAGUGA